AUGGUGUUUAUCCAAGAAACUAAAUUGGUGAACAUAGAUGUGUUUGUGGUUCGGAGUAUGUGGGGAAGUGGAGAUUUUGAUUUUUCUUGCUCUAAUGCUUCUGGGACUUCGGGGGGUUUAUUAGUGAUCUGGAAAAAAGAUUUUUUCAUUGUUACUAAUGUUAUAUGCAACAGAUCCUUUAUCCUCUUGCAGGGUGUGAUUAAUAAUGAGUUUCAGUGUUUUAUGGUCAAUAUUUAUGCACCAAACGACGUGGUUAGUAGGAGAGGGGUGUGGGAGGAACUAUUGGUGUUGAAAUCCAAUUCGAAUGUAGCUUGGUGUAUUGGGGGUGACUUUAACGAAAUCAGAACGAUCAGUGAAAGGGUCAGAUGCCAGAGGAUGGAGAGGGGUAUGAAGGAUUUUUUUGAUUUUGGGAACAGAAUGGAACUUCUCGAUAUUCCUAUGUUGGGCAGGAAAUUUACUUGGACCAAUUAUCAAAAUCGUGCAGUUAACAGUCGGUUAGAUAGAUUUUUAAUCUCCCAACAGUGGCUUGCAAAAUUCAAAGUGGUUCAAUGGGGGAUCCACAGACCUAUUUCUGAUCACUGCCCGAUUGUCCUCAUUGACGACAGCAGAGAUUGGGGGCCUAGACCGUUUAGAUUUAUGGAUAUCUGGUUGUCGAAUCCGAGGUGUAUGAAGAUUGCACAGGAGACUUGGGAGAAUACUCCGAUGAGUGGAUGGGCUGGAUUCAGAAUAUUGCAAAAGUUGAGGGCUGUCAAAGAUAAGCUCAAAGUAUGGAACAAAGAGGAAUUUGGAGAUGUAAAUUCAGCGUUGCAAGAAACAGAAGCGGAAAUUCAUCAAUUUGAUCUGGUAGUUGAGGACAGACAACUUAGUGUAGAGGAAAAAGCUUGGGAUGUAAAGCUAAAUCGAAAUUUUGGAGACUCACUCGGUUAUCCGAAUCUUUAUGGAGACAAAAAUCCAGAUUAA